AUGCGACUAUUCUCAUCAUCCCGAGCCUAUUCAGACGUCAACUGCCAUGGUUAUACGGCUUGGGAUCCCGUCGAGAAAGCAAUUAUCAUUGCUUUCCGUGGAACCGAUGGUAGUAACCAGAUGACCGACGAAGUUUUGAGUUUCUUCGAAAAAAGAGUGCAAUUCUUCGAUAAUGGUCAUCUGUUCAAAUAUUUUCAUGAUGCCUUUUUCUACUUGUGGAAUGGUGGCCUCGAGCAACAAGUGCGCACACUAAAGUACCAAUAUCCCAGCUAUAAAUUCUAUGUAACUGGUCAUUCGUUGGGUGCGUCAAUCGCUUGUAUCUGCGCUUCAUAUCUGGUGAAAUGGAACAUGACAGCGCCAGAAAAUCUACGACUGGUUACACUUGGCCAGCCUCGAACUGGCGAUUACGAGUUCGCUGCAUGGCAUGAGGCAACGUUCCCAUACGCCUACCGUAUUAUUCACCAUCGUGAUCCCGUACCGCACAUACCGCCAAGGCUCGGACCCGAUCAAGUGUUCCACCAUCGUUAUGAAGUUUGGUGA